AUGCACAGGCAGAAAUUGGCCUAUUUUGGGCAAAGAGAAUUUGAUCAAAUUGGAUCACGUGCUAACGCACUAAUAUGGGCAGUGAGCACGUUCUCGUCAGAACUAUGUCGGCAGUCGGACAGUUACAGGAGUUGUCAUAAAGCUGUGCUAUCAGCAACUGACCUUUUUGAAGAUGCAAGCAAACGUUUGUUCAGAUCUAAUACAACCAGCUCUUUAGCAUGUGAUCACUUUCUGCACAUGUGUGAUAUUAGGAAUGCCGAAGGUCUCUUAAUAGAAAAAGGAUCAUGGCGAUGCAGCACAUGCCAGGAAUUCAAAUAA